GAGGGCAGUGCGGUUCGGUGCGAUUGCGGUGAGUUCGGGGAUUUACUCGCUGCCGUUUCCGUGAGUCUCGCACAAGUUAGGAGAAGAUAGAUAGAGAGAGGGAGAGAGAACGAGGCAGGGACGCAGAACGGGACGCGAACAAGAGUCCAACGUCGUCCAACGUCGCCACUCGCCAGUCACGGAAAGAUAUACGGAUUGGAGUCAUCGGUGGUUAGUUUUUCCCGCCGGAUUUCGCGAGCGAACUGGCGCCAGCAGCUGUCCGAGGCAAGUCGUCCAGCAACGACGACGCGACGGUCGGUCGAAUGUGUCGCUAGUAGUGUAUAUACGUCACGCACGUGUAGUACCAAGAUCCGUCGUCUCUCUAGUGUGUGCGUACAUGCAAGCGUGCGUGCGUGCGUCGUGUGUCGUGCGUGCGUGCGUGCGUGCUCUUAAUCCGGUGUCUCGAAAAAACGUAAGUAAAGUAACGCCAAGACCGCGUGCAGAUCAGUAAGCCUGCGUGAGUGACGGUGCGAACGCGGAGGCGAGAAGAGGAUAGCGGCGGCAGAGGACCGUAGCCGAGAAGGAAGAGGAGAUAAAGAUGAGCAAGACGUGCGCCCGAUGCGAGAAGACGGUCUAUCCGAUCGAGGAGCUCAAGUGUCUCGACAAGAUAUGGCACAAGCAAUGUUUCAAGUGUCAGGGCUGCGGUAUGACCCUGAAUAUGCGGACGUACAAGGGUUUCAACAAACAGCCAUAUUGCGAGGCGCACAUACCAAAAGCCAAAGCCACCACAAUGGCGGAAACACCGGAGCUGAAGCGUAUCGCGGAGAACACGAAGAUACAGAGUAACGUUAAGUAUCAUGCCGAGUUUGAAAAGGCGAAGGGGAAGUUUACGCAAGUGGCGGACGAUCCGGAGACUCUCAGAAUUAAACAGAACAGCAAGAUCAUCUCGAAUGUCGCUUAUCACGGCGAGCUUGAGAAGAAGGCGAUCAUGGAACAAAAGAGGACAAUGACCGGAGAAAAUGGCGAGCAAAUAGAGUACGUAGAGUACACUGACGGUACGAUCGCACCUGCGUCGAGCAUAAACGCCAAUCCGCCGCCUGCAAGGACGGCAAAUUCGCCGGUACAGAGGACACCAGGUAGGAUCGCUGAUUACGAUCCCCUUAGCGAAGCGAGGCCGAGUCCCUAUUCCGCAAGGCAAGCUGCUACCACAGUCAUUUAUACGAGCGACAAGGGACCAGUGACGAAUCCACCGACACGAAAAAUUGGCUCGGUUGCUGACAUCGAUCCAGUGAAUGAAUAUUACGGAUCGUUAACGCCGGCUACAACGAUAAAUAAUAAUCAGCAUCAACCUCAACAUCAAUCACCGCCACCGCCCUCCAACGUCGGAAGAGUGUACAGAGCGAUGUAUGACUACGAAGCGCAAGAUCUCGAUGAGGUGAGCUUCUGCGACGGUGAUUUAAUUGUCAAUUGCACAGCUGUCGAUGAGGGUUGGAUGACUGGAUUGGUGCAGCGUACCGGACGACACGGCAUGCUACCCGCUAAUUAUGUCGAACCGGCGCAGAUUUAAACGUUCUUUCUCAUCUCGAGCUUCCAUUUGCUAACUGUUGCCACCACUUCGAUCAGAGCACUUAAUUAGGCGUUUUGCCGAAGAAAGAGACGAUGUUAAAAAGAAUUACGUGAUACAAUACUCGAGAUAGCGCUUCUACUCGGCUCUUAUUAUUCGGCUGAAAUAAAGUUUGAUCGAAACG